AAAUAAUGUAUAAAGCGGUGGGGGAUCCUACUAUUAAGAAGGAAAUUAGAAGAUUGGAAAGUGGGUAGAACUAUAUGAAACAUUUUCUGAUAUUAAAUAAGUUACUUAUUAUGGUGAAUAUAAUACGACUGGUUAGAAGGUAGGGAGAUGGGAUAUUAUGGAUUGUACAUAUGAUAAGGAAAAUAAAUAAAUGUAAAUAUUAUUGUUUUAUAAAAAUAAUUAAAUAUAUAUAGUGGUGGUGGAUCACUUAAAUUCGUGAGAACUUAGAUUUUUAAAUUCUUUAGAAAAUAUUAUUUACUUGA